AUGUUCAAGAGUGUUUUGAAGCCAGGAAUUAUCAGCGGGGUCAGACCCAGCGUUUUGAAUGUCAACACAAGAUUGAUGAUGACCAACUUUGUUCGUGGUCAAUCCAACAUUAUGGCCAAGAAGACAACCACUGCUGAAGAAUACGAGCUACUUGUUGCUCAAAGAAAGGCCAGACCAGUGUCUCCACAUUUGACUAUCUACCAACCACAAUUGACAUGGUAUUUGUCGUCCGUACACCGUGUUUCUGGUGUUCUUUUGGGUUUUGCAUUCUAUGCCAUUACCAUUGGGUUUGGUGUUUCGAGUUUGUUCGGUCUAGGUUUGAACACUGAGAACUUGGUUCAGUUCUACAACGAGAAGAUCCCAUCGUGGUUGGAUAUCACUGCCAAGGUUGGUUGUGCGUACCUAUUUGCGUUCCAUUUCGGUAACGGUAUCAGACAUUUGAUCUGGGAUGCCGGUAAGGAGUUGACUUUGAAGGGUGUUUACAGAACCGGGUACUCUGUUUUGGCAUUGACUGCCGUGCUAGGUUCCUACUUGCUCACUUUGUGA